ACAUGUAAUGUUUUGAUGCAGUAUUGUGGCUACAAAUACAUAAAGAAGUUAACUGAUUCAAAUUAGAAAACCCAACUAUUUUAUUGAAUAUGUAUGCUUUGCAAUAAAUUUGAGUCAGCACCAGCGACAGCUCUGCAGUCCUCCAAUGUAGUGCAGAUCAGGUGGUUGCAGAGCCCCAGCUAGCAGCAAUACGAUGCAGCUGAAGAGGCAAGCACAAUCCACAGACAGCAACUGUAGCUACUCUCUAGAACAAGACGACCUCUAAGCUUAAAUCUUUCACAGAAAUAAUGUGCUGAUAUUGCAGAAGACAUUACGGCAGCAAUGGAACACCAGAUACUGAAAGCAUCUACCUGCCUGCUGGUCUUUCUAUUUUUCAUACCCACUGUUCUGGGUAUCUGUCCUUCUAUCUGUACAUGCUCAGGAAACAACAGGAACGUGGACUGCUCAGGCAGAAACUUAACAGCAUUGCCACACGGACUCCAAGACAACAUUACAUAUUUAAAUCUGUCAUUUAACCAGUUCGUAGAUCUCGAUCAUCAGCUGACGAGAUUCAGCAAUUUAAGGACUCUUGAUAUUUCAAAUAAUUGGCUCAAGAAUGUUCCUGCUCAUCUGCCCAAGUCCUUGUGGGAAUUGUAUGCCAUAAAUAACAACAUUAAGGUCCUUCAGAAACUUGACACAGCUUACCAGUGGAACCUUAAAGUGCUGGAUGUUUCCAGGAAUAUGGUGGAAAGAGCUGUUUUGAUCAACAACACACUGAGCAGUCUCAAGUUUCUCAACCUCAGCAGCAACAAACUUUGGACGGUUCCAACCAACAUGCCCUACAACAUAGAGACAGUGGAUCUAUCCAAUAACUUCUUGUCUCAGAUACUUCCAGGAACGCUGGUGAGAUUACAGCACCUCACAAGUCUCUACCUACACAACAACAAGUUCACAUACAUUCCUGACAAAGCUUUUGAUCAGCUCUUUCAGCUGCAGGUAGUAACACUAUACAACAACCCGUGGUCCUGCAGCGAUGAACAAAAUAUCUCUUAUUUGCUUAAAUGGGUGCAGGGCACCACUGCCAGGGUGCGAGGAGCUCCCUGCGCCGACCAGUCCACACUGUGGGCCAACAUCACGCCGACCUCCGCCGCCGCGCCAGAUGCCAGCUUCAUGAUUAAAGGAAUGAAGGCAGCAGACAUUGCUGCCUCUCCAGCGGCAGCUGAACCGACCCACAUGACAAAAAUGCAUAAACUAUUUAAAGCAAAGGAAGUUACUACCUUGGCUUCGUUAAGCCAGACAGUACUGUUCACGAGCACAGAGCGGCCCGUGCUCCUCUACCCCGAAGAGCUGACGACCAGGAAGGUCAGCACUUACGAAGCGGCUGCCACACACAGCAUCCACAUUAAAGAUUCAACCGAUGUGAACUCAAGCCUGACUCAUUCAACGGGAUCAUCCACCACUCCAAUGACUCUUAGUAUUACCAGUGGAAUGCCAACAAACUACUCCAGAAUGCCUCAAAGCACAACCGCUACCUUAAGGAGAGAGGAAGCCACUACCAGCGCUCUGAACACUGACGUGCCCUCCAAAGCGAGCGCCUGCGAGAUAUGCUUGUUUUAUGCUGUAAUGCUUAAUGCAGUGGCAGUGCUUAUUGGUAGGAGCUCUGAGGUUACUCCUGUGACACGUAGCUGGGGGGGAGGCAUCCAGGUCAAACAGCAAAUCAAAACACGAGAAGUCUGAAGCCCUGACUGAUCUAAAGAAAAUAACAGUUCCUAAAG